AUGAAAUUAUUAUUGCUUACUUUUUUAGUAGUGUCCCUAUCUUAAUGGAUUAAUAGUUAUGAGGCAUUUGUAGAUGAUUCCUUUUCAGAUUUAGAUGGUAAAUUAAUGUUAAAAUUUAUAUAGGUUGGCUAAUUUAAAAUUAAUUCUAAGCAACUUCUGAUAUAAUAACAAAAUGUAAUGAAAAAACGAUAAUAGGAGGAUUAAAAACAUUUGGAUAAAAGACAACUGCAACAAAAUUUAUAAAAUUGGCUCCACAUUAUAAAUUGAAAUUGAAUUUUUAGCUUUGGAAGUAUAUCUGUUAAUUAAAAAUAGACUAGGUGAAUGGGAAAACAAUAUAUUUUCAAUAUAUAUAGAUGGUGUACCUUGGGAAAUGAAAUGGGGAUAUAUAGAUGGAGGAAUAAGAUUAUGUGGUGGUUAAGAAUCAAAACAUAGUGAUAAGAUAUUUGAUAUAGAAUUUGAGAUUGUUCAUAAUUCUCCUACUUUAACAAUUAUUUUAUCAUCAAAUUAAUAAGGAUAAGCAGAUAUAUAAUCAUGGGGAUUUAGAUAAGUUAAAAUAUAAUUAUUAUCAUGUCCGUCUUAAUGUGGAAUAUGUCAUAAUGAUAAUGUUUAGGAAUGUUAAAAUUGGAACUAAGAAGCAUUAAGUUGGUUUCAUAUAGAUACAAAAUUAGAAGGAUGGAUUUUAGAAAAUGGAAAAGAGAAAGCAUAUGAAUGUUCUGGUAUUGUUAUUUUUGGAGGAUAUGAAAAUUUUGGAGUUAAAUCAACGUUGUCCAAAUCUUUUAUAAAUAUUGCUCCUCAUUAUAAAAUAAUGAUUAAAUUUACAUUUUGGAAAGUAAUUUAAUUUAAUAAAUAAGAUUGAUCUUUGGGAUAAUGAUGAAUUUUAUAUUAAAAUUGAUGAUAAAGAAAUUAAAAAAAUAGCAUUUUAGAAAACUGAUGGAAUAGAAUUAUGUGGGUAUAAUAUAUAAAUAUUAUUUAUUUUAUAGAAAAUCUAAUACUUCAGGUUAUGGUGAAAAAAUUGUAGCAGUAGAAAUAUUAUAAAAACAUUCAAAUCCUUCUAUUAAAAUAUCAUUUUCUAGCUCUUUAACUAAAGAUUCAAAUAUUUAAUCAUGGGGUAUAAGAGAUUUCUUUUUAUUUUCUGCAUAAUGCACUAAAUUUUGUGAUGAAUGUGUUGGUAAUGCUGAAAAUGAAUGUACAAAAUGUCAUCCUACACAUACAUUAUCUAAUGGAAAAUGUCUUAAUAAAAAUGAAUGGUAUAUAUCAUCUAAAGAAUUUUUUGAUUAAGAAUCUUUUUAAAAAAUAGAAGGUUGGAAUUUUUAAGAAAUUGAUCCUAAUGGUCCAAAUCCUCCUAUUACUAAAUGUUUUGAUAUGUAUCUAAUUGGAGGAUAUUAAUCUUUUGGAAAAGUAUUAAUAUAAAUAUAUAUAUUAAAGAAAACUACAGUAACCAAAAAGUUUACACUACCUAAACAUGAUUAUAUAAGAAUUAUAGUUACUAUAUAUAAAAUUGAUAAUUGGGAUGGAGAAGAACUAUCUAUAUUUAUUAAUUAAGAAGAAUAAUGGACAUAGUUUUUAGGGUGGAAUGAUCCUCCAUAAACUGAUAUCUGUGGAAAUUAAAAUAAUAAUUGGAAGGAAAGAAUUAUUAAAAUUGAUAAAAUAAUUACUCAUACUUCUCCAGAAUUAAUAUUUGAUAUUAGAAGUACCCUUUAAAAAGAAGCUAAUGAAGCAUCAUGGGGAUUUAGAGAAUUUUUACUUCUUUAUUCACCACUCAAAGAAUGUAUCUAAGUCUUUAGUGAAUGUAAUUACAAAGGAUUAUCACAAAAUAUUUGUGAUAAUUUAGAUUCCUUAACCAAUGUAAUUUAUUUAUUUUCAUAUUUAGGCUAAAAUAGAAUUUGAUAUUAAAUCUAUCAAAAUUCCUGAAGGAAUGAAAAUAACUGGAUAUAGAAAUCUAGGUUUCAAAGGAGAUAAAGUUGAAUAUGAAACAAAUCAAGAAUGUCUUGAUAUCAUAGAAUUCUCAUUUAUUGAAAAAUAACUUAUUGGAAAUAUGAAAUAUAUUCAUAAAUGA